ACACCGGAAUGAAAAGAGAAAGGUAUGGCGGGUGCGGAGCCGUAAUUGGUCUCCCUUCGAGUCCUCUUCUUCGGCACUGAUGAUAUGGAUAGGCGGGAUGAGCUCAACGUGCAGGACGACUUGCCUGCAUCCAUCUCAUUGCAGGGCGAAUGGUCCCGGACUGGAGUGAUGAGACGAGAUUCCUGCCAUGAAAGCUCCUCGCACCGUGCGUUGCAGCUGCUGCAUCCUAUAACGAACGCAGAGAAGGGGUGUGCCAGAUACGUCCGCAUCUGCACGACGGUCUCCGAUACCCUUAUACUCAAGAAUCAUCGGACACCAAGGCUAUCAACAAGGUGUAUCGUGGGGCCGAAUAAGUUCUAGGGCAACGGCAAAUCCCCCACAGCCACCAAUGGAAACCCUCGCUUUCGCCGGGACCAGGGACCCUUCCGCGCGCUUACUGGGGUCUCUUACCGUACCUAGUAGUAUCAGCGCCUCGGCUCUUUUCGAGCCCCCAACGACUCAGCUUGCCUCUCGAUGAAGAAGCGCUACAGUGCACAAGGCAAGACAAUGGCUGGCGGGGCCAGAGCAUGUUAUGGAGCUUGAAAGGUACCCGGCUCUGGCAUUAAGAGUCUGGCGGGGACCUUCGCGGCUUGGGUGCCUGGGUCAGAUUCGGGAAACGUUGUGAGGUCGGCAGCUUCUCGUGGUGGCGGGCCUAUCGAAGUGCUAGAAAGAGCGGGGACUGUACCUGGGCUUGCUAAGGCAACGGAGGUAUUGGCCCCGUGGCAGGUGCUCGAAACGGGAUGUCGAGUGGAUGGCCGGUGCGUUGCAGAUCGAGCCAGGCGCGAGGGUCCCCCAAGCGGAGGACUGGAGCGCAGCCUCUCACCGCUGUCCACAAAUUGCCAUCGCAAGCCUAACUAGUGACCCUGUGGUCCUGUCAGUUGGAGUCGUGCGUGUAGUAUCCCAGACCAAUCUCGCACUCGCGCCUUGUGUUUUGCUUGCACCUCAAUCGGGGUCGAUUAAUGAUGAAAACGCCGAAACCUUGGGAAACAUCGCAGCUACUGAGAUCCUUGGCUGGCUAUGAGAAUGGGAGUGUUCUACGGAUUGUGCUAUUACUAUGCAAUGCGGACGCAGCAGGCGCACCGCAAUAGGACCAAAGAUGGGGGACUCCCAAAAAGGAACGGAGGCAGUACUCGAGGUCUCACCCGGGGUCGAACCGGGAUCUCAAGAAACCAGACGACUAAUGUCA